AUGGCAAAAGAAAGAAAAGAAAAGAAUAAAUUGAAUGGUAAAUCAAAACAGUAUAUAAAACCGACGCGUCAUUGGCAUGCUAUUGAACUUCCACCUCUUUCAAAUAAUUCAAAUAAUUCACACUCAAAAAAACUUUCUGAUGAUCAAAUUUCAAUAAAAUUUGAACUUGCCAAGGAACUAUUAAAAACAGAAAAUGAUAAGUAUGCAACAAAUUCUUCCACACAUAGUGCUUCAGAUCGUAAUUUUUAUGCAACCAUGCUUAAAUCUGGCACUAUGAAGGAUAAGCUUUCAACUUUAUCUGUGUUGGUGGAUGAAUCACCACUUCAUGCCGUUCAAGCUUUAGAAACAUUGAUUAGUACUGCUAAAAAGAAAAGUAGAAAUAUAUCCAUUCAAGCAAUAGAAAAUAUAAUGAAUUUAAUGCUUGAUUCUGUAUUGCCCAAUCGAAAAUUAAAAUAUUUUCGUGAUCAACCAUUAAAUGAUCCAAAAGUAACAAAUGAACAUUUGAUAGUUUGGGCAUUCGAAGAUUUCAUUAAAAAUUAUUAUUAUGACUUUAUUCGUGUGAUUGAAAUGCUUUCACAUGAUGUAUUAUUGCACGUAAGACAAAAGACGAUAAUGAUUAUUUUCACGUUAUUCAAAGAGAAACCAGAACAAGAACAGAAUUUGCUAAAAUUAUUGGGUGAUAAAGAACGUAAAGUUGCGUCCAAAGCUUCUUAUUUAAUUAAUCAAAUAUUUACGGUUCAUCCACUUAUGAAAUUUCACAUAGUACGAGAAAUUGAACAAUUGAUUUUACUUCCAAACGCAAAUGAACGUUCACAAUAUUACGGAGUUAUUACAUUAAAUCAAAUAAUUUUAUCAAAACAAGAUGUAAAAGUAGCUAACAAAUUAAUUGAUAUUUAUUUCGUCCUUUUUACAAAAUUAUUGGAAUCAAAGGACAAAGAGAUAAAAAAGAAUAAGAAUAAUAAGAAAGAUUUUACUAAAUCCAGAUUAAAGAUAACUAAAUCCAGAACAAGGAUAAAGACAAAGUCAAAAAAAAAGGUUAAUAAUAAAAUUGAAAUUGACGAUGCUGUGAAUUCUAAACUUGUCGCGGCUCUUUUGACAGGUGUUAACAGAGCUUAUAAGUUCGCCCAAGUGGAUCAUAGUGUGUAUGAGGCUCACUUGAAUAUUUUAUAUCGGAUUACUUACAUUGGAACAUUUAAUAUUAGUAUACAAGCACUUAUGUUGAUCUACCAAGCGUCUUUCAAUAAAGAAUCAUUAUCUGAACGGUUUUAUAGAGCCCUUUAUCAAUCAUUACUUGAUCCUCGACUUGUCACAUCAUCUAAGCAUGCGAUGUAUUUGAAUCUUUUGUUUAAAUCUUUAAAGAAUGAUUCAUUAAUCGUACGAAAAGAAGCUUUUAUUAAAAGAUUAAUACAAAUUUGUGGACAUCAUUUUCCACCUUUUAUAUGUGGUGCACUUUAUUUAAUUUCAGUGAUUGUACAAAAACAUCCAUCACUUUAUUAUUUUAUCACAAAAUCUGAAGACCAUGAUAAUAAUUCUUCGGAAGAAAAUUCGCGAAAAUAUGAUGGUCGUAAAAGAGAUCCACAAUAUAGUGAUGCGGAUCGAUCUAGUUUAUGGGAAUUAUCCCUUUUCGCUAAUCAUUUUCAUCCAACGAUUUCUUUAUAUGCCAAACAAAUACUUGAGAAUAAAUCAAUCGAGAUUCAACCAGAACUUCAUAAUCAUACAUUAUCACAUUUUCUUGAUAGAUUUGUAUAUCGUAAUCCGAAAAAGAGAGAUCGUAUUAAAGGUGGUGGUAACGUUUUACUUCAACCAACCAUAGCCACCGAACCUGGAAUGGUAAUCAUGAAAAGGAGUACCGGAAUUUCUCCUGAUGAAAUAAAUGUUAAUUCUAAAGAAUUUUGGGAAAAGAAAUUAGAAGACAUACCGGUGGAUCAGGUUUAUUCUGACCUUGAUGAUGAGGAUAGUGAAGAGGAUUUAGAGAAUUUAGAUUUCUCUUCAGAUGAUGAAGAAGAAAUAUACGAGGAAGGUGACGAAAUAGAUGAGGAGGAGGAAUGUGAAGAUGAUGAAGUAGAUGAGGAGGAGGAGGAAGAUGAAGGAAUAACUACGGGAGAUGAUGAUGGUUUCGAUUUUAUGGAAGAUGACAAAGAUAUUGUUAGCAGUUCAGAAGAUGAUAAACGAAUUCGUAAGAAAGUCAAAUUAAAACAUCUACCGACAUUUGCAAGUUAUGAGGAUAUAGCAGCUUUGAUCCAUUGA